AUGGUCCCGUUCCCUCGACUGCACUUCUUCAUGCCAGGAUUCGCUCCACUGACAAGUCGUGGCAGUCAACAGUAUCGCUCAUUAACUGUGCCUGAACUGACACAACAAAUGUUCGAUGCAAAGAAUAUGAUGGCUGCCUGUGAUCCUCGUCAUGGUCGUUACUUGACAGUGGCGGCGAUCUUCCGUGGUCGUAUGUCUAUGAAGGAGGUGGAUGAGCAGAUGUUGAAUGUGCAGAAUAAGAAUUCGAGUUAUUUUGUCGAGUGGAUUCCGAAUAAUGUGAAGACGGCAGUAUGUGACAUUCCUCCUCGUGGUUUGAAGAUGUCGGUGACUUUUAUUGGUAAUAGUACGGCAAUGCAAGUGUUAUUCAAACGAAUUUGUGAACAGUUCAGUGCCAUGUUCCGUCGUAAAGCGUUUUUACAUUGGUAUACCAGUGAAGGGAUGGAUGAGAUGGAAUUUACUGAGGCUGAAUCAAAUAUGAAUGAUUUGGUAAGUGAAUAUCAGCAGUGUCAAGAUGCCACUGCCAACGAUGAAGAAAAUGUUUGA